CCCCGCUCGUGCCAUGCCAUGGCAUGACCUCGUCACUGUCCGUGGUGGGUGUGGAAAGGUACAAAAGGUCGACAAUUGUCUGUCCCAUUCUCUCCCUUCACCUCCUCAUCACUCGCUCACUCGCACAAUUCUCACUCAUCACCAUCGUCUUGAGCCAAACACUCGGCAUCUUCAGCUUUGAUUCACACUACCUGAUCUACUCGGUCCACUUUCCAAAAUGCCAAAGGGACAAGGUUCUUCUAGUCAAGGUGGCCAGACCGGUAACGGAGGCGGCUACUCGUACAACUCGCACGGUACCAACAGUCAAGGCAAUCACUAUUGCAGUCGUGAUUUAUGGGUCUUCCGCAUCCAACCAGAACAGCUACCACUACAGCAACUCGAACGGUAGUUAUUACUACUCCAACCCCAACGGAUCUACGUACUACAACGAUGGACAGGGCGGAUCCACCUACACGCCUUCGUCUGGCAACAAAAAGUGAAGAGGAGCCACACUGCUCGAGCGGCCGCUCCAGCUCCAGCUUCACUAGCCAAUGUGCGCACUUGAUCAUCACGAGGGAGGUUCCCUAGACCACCCGGUGCUCGCUCCCAUGACUCAAUUCUUGACUCCACAUUGUUGGUGUCCUCUCAAAUCCAAUAUCAACUUGAGAUCGUACCUUUGACAC